AGUCGAGACAAAGGUGAAAAAUAAUAAAAAGAGACGAUGGCGUGAUGAGACGUAAAGAGAGAAGAAGAUGGAUGUAAAUGAAAUUGUGAACGAGGGGGAGGGAACGACUCUGACAGGAGUUUCACACGGCCGGUUACUUCUGCAUUACAUGUUGCAACAGAGUGUGAGGGCAGGAAACAGAUGACACACUCGACGCUCGUCUGCAUCACACUGAUACCACAGACAGACUGAGAGCAGAGGAGAGAGGAGGUGCACCACGGCAGAGGAGAGAGGCUGGAAACCAAGAAAACAGAAGAGAGAAGAAACAAAAGGAGACGAGAGGAGGUGGAGAAGGAUGAAGACGAGAUAAAGGAGAGGCUGAAGUUUGAAGCCCUUUAAAAAAGAAGAGCAACAAAAAGAUUCAAACACAACGCACAAGAAAAAAGGAGGUGAGGAGGAGGAGACUGAAAAGAGAAGAAAGAGAAGAAAGUGGAUGACAAGAAGAGGAGAGCAGAGGAGGAAGCAGAAAGUCAGAGAAGAAAAACAAGGAGGCGAGAGAGGAAACGUCGAGAAUAGUGGAGCAAGAGGGGAGGAGGAGAAAGAAGAGGUGAGGAAAGGAGGAGGAGGAGAAAGAAGAGGUGAGGAAAGGAGGAGGAGGACCUGCACAAGUGUCAUGGAGGAGGACAUCAGGAAACAGGGGAUGCUCUACCUCCAGCAGCAGAGGUUUGGGAAGAAGUGGAAGCGUGUGUGGUGCGUCCUGUACAGAGAAAGCUCCUGUUCGAUCUCAAGGCUGGAGUUCUUUGAGUGUAAAGAUGGAGGGACGGUGGAGAAGAGUGACAAGAGUCUGCGCAAACAGCAGGAACACAAGAAGGUGAUCCGUCUUGCGGACUGUAUCCGGGUGUCGGAGGUGGAGAUGGACGGAUGUCCCAGAGACACAGGACCGUUCCUGGUGGAGACCACGGAGAAGAUCUACGUGUUCGCUGCAGACAGACACCAGGUGGAGGACUGGACUCACAAGCUGUGUGAGAUCGCCUUCCCUAUGAGCUGGACGGAGCACGGGGCGAAGCGAGGCAGCCUGCAGAGAGGAAACCGGGUGGACGAAGAUGAAGGAAUGGAGGACAACUCCCUGUACAGCGGCAGAGAGACAGUGCGUGACUUCAGGGUGUGUGUUCGGAGGACGGAGGCGUCUGAGCGCUGCAGACUGAAAGGAGACGUGUUGCUGCGAGCGGACGUAGACGCUCUUCACCUGCUGGACAAGAGUGGAGACGUCGUGUUCACCUGGCCGUACAGAUACCUGAGGCGCUUCGGACGAGACAAGUCCACCUUCUCCUUCGAGGCGGGGCGGAGGUGUGAGUCUGGCGAGGGGAGUUUUGAGUUCGACACCAAACAGGGGAACUUCCUGUUUCAGGCCGUGGAGGCGGCCAUCAACCUGCAGAGGAUCUCCCUCCCCCACAGGCAGACCUCCGGGGGGGGGCUGGCGAGUCCAGACAUCCCCCAGGCCCUGAACCUGCCCCCGCUGCCUCUCAACACGCCGCUGGCCCACAGCAGGACGCCACCGCCGCCUCAGCCCCGAGGCCAUAUCCCACAACCCCCUGCUGCUCAGGCAGCUGACGGGGUGUACAGCAUGGUGACCGAACAUCACAAAGACAAAGAGAGCUCCACCCCCUCACAACAACAACAACCACAGCGCCCCCCGCUGUCUCGUCUGGAGCCUCCAGUCGACAAAGCUCUGACCGGAGUGAAGAGUCUGACCCUGGACACCCGCGGCGUCCCCGCCCCCCGCAAGAACCAGGUCAAGAUGAUCUCCAGCUGCCCCCUGCCCCACGCCGAACCCGGCCCCAACCCGGCCCCGGGCCCUGGCUCCGCCCCCACCCAAAACUCCCGCCUCAGCCCCAAACUGAGCUCCAACCCGAACCAAAUGUACUCCCAGAUCACGCUGCCGGGCAGCGGCGAGCGAGGCACCCUGAGGGAGAGGAGGGAGAGAGGGAACAGCCUGGCCCCCCCCUGCACCCCUCCUCAGAUCACCCCCCCGGAGCCGGAGUACUCCCUCCCCUUUGAUACCAUCAAUAAGAACAUGAUGGCGGACAUCCUGAGCUCGCAUCCUGCCCGAAGCUGUGAGUCCAGCGGCGACCCGCUCUAUGACAGCAUCGACGAGAUGAAGAUCAGAAACGUCUUCCUGAGCGACGCCGACGCCCUCGAACCAACAUACGGGAAGGUGGAGCACAUCUACGACGAGCCUGAAGGCUGCGCCGCCACCGCCGGCGCCUCUGGAGGGCAGAAGUCCACCGGCCCCCCCUCAGUGUACGACGACCCCGAGGAAAUGAGAGGAGACGCCUGGAGGAUCAUGGGUACGGCCGCUGACCCCAAAGGUCACGAGUACCCAUACAACCCCCGGGUGGACGACUACGCCGUGCCCAAACGACCCCAGAGGGCGAUCCACGUCACCAACGAAGAAGAAGAAGAAGACGACGACGAGCAGCAGCAGGAGCAAGAGGAGGAGGAGGAGGAGGAGGAGGAAGAGGAGGAGCAGAGGGAUUCACCGUACAACAACGUCAUGGUGAAGAUGAUGUAACGACAGCACAUGACUGAUCAAUAUUUAAUCAAUAAUCAAUGAUGGAGGUUCAGACUCUGUCAUGAAGCGUCGGUCGAUUUCAGAGCUGCAAACAUUUAAUCUGCCACUUUCAAAUUUCAUUAUUCAGAACUUUUCUUCUCAUCUUUUUAAAACUGCUCAACUUUGAAAAUGAAGGAAACGAUCGAGACUUCAGAAUAAGAGUCAAAUAUGAACAAGACACAGUCUGCUGGUCCCACUGGGAACACUGGGAACACUGGGACACUGGGAACACUGGGACACUGGAACACUGGGAACACUGGGAACACUAGUCCCACUGGGAACACUGGGAACACUGGGAACACUGGAACACUGGUCCCACUGGGAACACUGGGAAAACUAGAACAGUGGGAACACUGGGAACACUGGUCCCACUGAGAACACUGGGAACACUGGGAACACUGGAACACUGGGAACACUGGGAACACUGGAACACUGGGAACACUGGGAACCCUGGGAACACUGGGAACCCUGGGAACACUGGGAACACUGGGAACACUGGGAACACUGGGAACAUGAAGCUGUGUUUCCAGUAUUGAUGUGUCAGGUCUGGUGUGUGAACAGGUGUGUGAACGGGUGUGUGAACAGGUGUGUACCAGUGUGAACAGGUGUGUGAACAGGUGUGUACCAGGUGUGAACAGGUGUGUGAACAGGUGUGUACCAGUGUGUGAACAGGUGUGUACCAGGUGUGAAUAGGUGUGUGAACGGGUGUGUGAACAGGUGUGUGAACAGGUGUCUACCUGUGUGAACAGGUGUGUGAACAGAAGUGUGAACAGCUGUGUCAACAGGUGUGUACCAGUGUGUGAACAAGUGUGAACAGGUGUGUGAACAGGUGUGUGAACAGGUGUGUACCAGUGUGAACAGGUGUGUGAACAGGUGUGUGAACAGGUGUGUACCAGUGUGUGGACAGGUGUGUACCAGUGUGAACAGGUGUGUGAACAGGAGUGUGAACAGGAGUGUGAACAGGUGUGUGAACAGGAGUGUGAACAGGUGUGUGAACAGGUGUGUACCAGUGUGUGAACAAGUGUGAACAGGUGUGUGAACAGGUGUGUGAACAGGUGUGUACAAGUGUGUGAACAGGUGUGUACCAGUGUGUGAACAAGUGUGUACCAGUGUGAACAGGUGUGUGAACAGGUGUGUGAACAGGUGUGUGAACAGGUGUUUGAACAGGUGUGUGAACAGGAGUGUGAACAGGUGUGUACCAGUGUGUGAACAGGUGUGUACCAGUGUGUGAACAAGUGUGUACCAGUGUGAACAGGUGUGUGAACAGGUGUGUACCAGUGUGUGAACAGGUGUGUACCAGUGUGAACAGGUGUGUGAACAGGUGUGUACCAGUGUGAACAGGAGUGUGAACAGGUGUGUGUACAGGUGUGUACCAGUGUGUGAACAGGUGUGUACCAGUGUGAACAGGUGUGUACCAGUGUGAACAGGUGUGUGAACAGGUGUGUGAACAGGUGUGUACCAGGUGUGAAUUGAACCUGUGUUCGACUUUCCUGUUUCCACCGGUGACGUUCAUUCAGACUCAAACCUGCUCACAGUUUAUCACAGGGAGGUUUGAUUGACUUGAUUUUUGUGAUCAUCAUUGAUCAUCAUUGAUCAUCAUUGAUCAUCUCAUGAUGCAGCAGACAGCUGAGACUCUCCCUGCUGAUGCAUUCAGGGACAAUCCAACAUCUGAGGUUUGAUACAAAACUUUUCACACAGCAGCCAUGUUGGUCGACCUCGACUCAGCACAAAAACAAUAACAGCAAAGACAUAAAAUCACAGUGUCAAUAAAAGGAGAAAAGACAGAAUAAGACAAAUAUAAAGGUCACUUGAUUGUUUUUUUGUCUGAUUUUCUGAGAGUCCCCUGAAGGCUCCAUGACAGCCAAUGUAAAGUUCUCAGAUGUCCGAGUGUCUGUAAAUGCACCACAUGGACAGAGUUGAAACUGCUUUUAUUUUCAUGUCAGAAUGAUGGAGGUCAUUUGAUGGAUGUGACCUCAGAUCCAGCAGGGGGCAGCAGAGCUCACAACAUCUGGUUAUCACUGAUUUUCAUCGACUGUCAACAUCUGUAUCAUCUUCAUCUUCAUCAGCUCAAACUGAACUGUGACUUCAGGCUCAAACAUCAGUGUGAGAUCAAACCUUUAACAUCCUCUGAGUGUGUGUGGUGCAUUCAGGGUGUGUGUUGUUUCCUCUCUGAGUGUUUGUGGUGCGUUCAGGGUGUGUACAGAUGUUUGUGAAGAAGCAGCCUGUCAGUCUGAAUUAAAUCCUCAUUUAUUUUAUUUUUA